CACGAGCAUCGAUUCCAGGCCACUACAUCGCCUCAUUGGCUGAAAGGCGAGAGAGCUGCACGUACGGUGUGCGCAGAGAUUCUCCAAUCCGCCGCGGAAAAAAGCUUCCCUCCUUUUUAUACUAAUUAUGGCACGAAAGAACAGCUCCAGAGCACGCACCACUGUGCUCAGAUGCCCUUCUUAAUCGCUUCGCCUGCAUGCCUUCUCCUACUUAUAAAUAGAGGUCAAUCCAUCCCAUCGUAGUUGCACCACCAGUUACUCAUCAGCAAUUCAUCGCCAUCAGAAAUAAUGUAUCACGGAAGCAGUUCGUAUUCUUCUGGUAGGACUGCGCCGAGGCGACCAGUCGAGUAUGGCAGGACCUACGUGGUUAGGCCAAAGGGGAGGCACCAGGCCACCAUUGUGUGGCUUCACGGUUUGGGCGACAAUGGAUUAAGUUGGUCCCAGCUUCUGGAGUCGCUUCCUCUGCCAAAUAUUAAGUGGAUAUGUCCAACUGCUCCUACCCGACCUAUGGCCAUGCUCGGUGGAUUUCCCUGCACAGCAUGUCUGAAUUCUGGGUUUGACGUUGUGGAAAUCAAGGAGGAUGGCCCUGAUGAUGUUGAUGGACUGGAUGCUUCAGCGGCACACAUUGCAAAUCUUCUGUCAUCUGAGCCAUCUGACGUGAAACUUGGGAUUGGCGGGUUUAGUAUGGGCGCUGCUACCGCCUUGCACUCAGCAGCUUGCUUUGCGUAUGGCAAGUAUGGAAAUGGCAGCCCGUACCCCAUAAACGUCAGUGUAAUUGUCAGUCUCAGUGGCUGGCUUCCAUGUUCCAGGACUUUGAAAACGAAGGUUGAAAGUUCACAAGAUGCUGCGAGGAGGGCUGCCUCCAUGCCUCUCUUACUCUGCCAUGGGAGAGGGGACGGAGUAGUACCUUACAAGCUUGGGGAAAGGUCUGCAGAGAUUCUUAGGAUCUCCGGGUUUAGAAAUUUCAUCUUCAAGACCUUUAAUACGCUCGAACAUUACACAGUACCUGAAGAAAUGGAUGAUGUCUGCAAGUGGCUUACAGCGAGGCUACGGCUUGAUGGACCUCGCACUUAAAUAGGAGACAUGGAUUAUAAGCAGACAUCUUAUUCUAUGCAAUGAAUGGUUUUGUUAUAUUCUUAGCGAGUCUUGGAGCAGUUGCAGUUGAGUGUGUACAGUGUACCUCUUAUCGGUAGAUUCUUCUUUUUAAUUUUGUUGGUUUGGCAGUGUUUAAUGGAUACGUGAGUUUGUGUACGUA